AUGAACUACUGUGCCAAUAUCUGGGCUAGAAAAGAGGUACUGUACGAUCCGGCCUGCGACGAGGAGUACACCAUGCUAAGUACCCGUACUAGGCCAUUAGGCAUCAGGAUGAAGGAGAUACUGGCCUGCAGGAGAGCUACAAUCCCUAAAGUUAAGGAAAUCAAAGAAUCCAAGAAGGAACCUUGGAUGCUCUCCUCAAUUCCUAUACGGGUAGAUAUGGCGGAAUUGAAGAAAGAAGAGACCCCCCCAUAUGUAUUCAAAGCUAAAUUCCUGGCCCUCAAAGAAGAAUACAGUGAAGGAACCUUCAUUUAUACAGACGGUUCGAGGGUCAGUGAGGGGGUCGGCAGCGCAGUACGCUGGGAAAAACACACCAAAACAAUUCCUCUCCCAAAGGCUGCAAGUAUCUUUACCGCAGAGUUGACCUCCAUAUCAUCCGCGCUGAGUGAAACUGAACAGAUUGGGUGCAACCAAUAUGUCAUAUGCACCGACUCACUCAGUGCGGUCUUAGCCAUCCGUAAUAUCUUCACCAUGGACCCACUAAUCCAGGCAAUACAAGAGAAAAUCAGGGAAAUACACGAACAAAGAAAAGAGGUAGUUAUUGCCUGGAUACCGGGCCAUGUCGGCAUAGAAGGUAAUGAAAAUGCCGAUCAAGCUGCCAAACGAGCAGCGAUAAUGCCACAUGACCCGGAAACUCCCGUGAGCCCAGCGGAUGUCAAAAAAUAA